AUGACGCUCCUGGAGACUCAUCUGGAGCAGAUCUCGUUGUCUUCUGUCGCAAUUGCAGAGCUUCCAUUUCCUACACCCAAGAUCUUCACCAAUGCCUUACUACAUUCCCAUGAUAUUACAGCUCUAAUUCGGGACACUGAAGCACAUGAACGAGCUUUAUUUACACUUGCCGAGCCUGAACGAGGCUCACAUCCUUCCGCUGCAAGUCUUGCUCGCCGUAGCACAGUCCAUGGCAUGAACGGCACUGGGGAUCGUUACGGAAAUGGCAACGGUUUAAUGAGGAGUCAGAAGCCGAGAUCAGCAGUAGCUACACUUCUAGGAGGUGAAUUAGGAGAGCAAAUACGGAAAGAGGGCGCAAAGGAAGGCAAAGAGCGGGGAGAAAUCGACGUGAACCUCUUGCUCAAGGGAGCGGAGAAAUUAUGCUCUGUCUAUCCAAUAGCUGGGGCCGCUGAGAGGAUCGUAUCUCUGCGCUCCCGCUACGAACAACUCAACUCCUCUAUCGCUCGAUACGAAUCGAAAGUGUCCAGACAGAUGGCGCAAUUGGCAAAGAUGAACAAGCACAAUGAUGGUGAUGAAGACUUUGAUGACGGCGACGACGAAGCUCUAGAGGAAGAGGAUGCGAAUGCUGCUGAGGGCCAGGGGGAAAUACAUGUCACCGAAGAAGACAUAAGAAGAGAAGACGACGAGAUUCGAGAGCUUGAGAAGAAGAAACGCCAGCUGGAGGAUCGGGUCAAAGGGAUGGAGCGAGACCUAGGGGGAUUAUUGAGGUGA